GGCGGCGCUCGGGCGUGAGGCUGGGGCUGACUUGAAGGAUGCAGGUGUGGUGCCGGUGAGAGCUGGGGAAGUGCCCAAGGCCUGUGCGCUAGCUUUCAACUUGAAAUACUUCCGUGUAACUUCCUCCCCUCCCCACCCCUACCAAGUUGUUCUCUUGCAUAUACUCGUUUAAACGUCAUUUACUUCUGGAAACCUUCCCACACUUCCCCUGGGACAUCAGAAUGGCAACAUACACACAUGGUCAGCCCAGUCUUUCUCUAGGAGAUGCAGAAUUCAGAAGACCAAUGGUCAUCGAAAUCAUAGAAAAAAAAUUUGAAUAUCUUAGAAAAGAAAAGACGUUAAAUAUAUAUGGCACAGUGUUCUUUGGAACAGCAGCUAGUUUCUCUGGAAUAAUGGCCAACUUCAUUUUCAGACACUGCUUCAAGGUUAAACAUGAUGCUUUGAAGACAUAUGCAUCACUGACUACACUUCCAUUUUUGUCUACUGUAGUCACUUACAAGCUCCUUGUAACGGACGCUUUGUAUUUGGGCAGUAUAAGCCAGGAAAAUUGUGUUCUGAGAAGUUCACUGAUUGGCAUAGUAUGUGGCGUUUUAUAUCCCUGUGGUUUGGCUUUUUCUAAAAAUGGACGCCUGGCAGUCAAGUAUCAUACUGUUCCACUGCCACCAAAAGGAAGGGUUUUACUUUACUGGCUGCUGCUUUGUCAAACAGAGAUAAAAGCUAUGAUGAUUCCUCUAGUCCUUCAGACGGUAUUUGGAAUAUUUAAUGGUCUACAGCAUUAUGCAAGAUUUGGAAGUACACUUGAGAAAACUACAUGAAGAUUAAUCAAAGUGAAUGGAUACUAAAUCAGCAGAAUGGGUUUUUUUUAUGAUGAGGACUCAGGCAUUGCUGAAGCAGUUAAAAGUAACUCUGGACAGUUUGUUUCUGUUCCUUUUGCCUGGUAUACAGCAGGUACUCAAUAAAUAUUCAGUAAUUCAGUAUUUAAA